AUGUCUACUGAUGGAGUCAGGCUAGGCGGUGCAAGCAACGAUAACAACCAAUCCAACCCUAAUAUGAACCCUUCUGCUCCUGGUGGCGUUUCCUCGAAUAAAGGAGUGCCGUAUGAGUUCACCGCAAAUGGUACCACACCCUCGGGAAAACCAAGACUCUUUGUGUGUCAGGUAUGUACGCGAGCCUUUGCAAGGCUCGAGCAUCUUCGGAGACACGAACGCUCCCAUACCAAAGAAAAGCCCUUCAGCUGUGGUGUAUGCCAGAGAAAGUUCUCCAGAAGAGACUUGCUUUUGAGGCAUGCCCAGAAGCUACAUGCUGGUUGUUCGGAUGCCAUAACGAGGCUUCGCCGGAAGUCCAUCAAGCGGUCCAACAGCACCAGUACCAACGCGAGCAACAAUGAGGACGUCGAUGAAGACGAUGAAGAUAUGGAUAUCGAAGUCGAGGAAACACCCAAGAAGAGGAUGGACCCGGUACAUUUCAACCUUGCCCUGUUCGAUUCAACCAGGGGUUCCGCUUCUUCCCCACAGCGGAAGAACUCAGAGUCUAAUACCCCGUUGCGGCUGGUGUUGGACCACCGUAAAAAGUUCAUUGGCAAUAGAAGCAAGAGAGGUGCAUCAUUUUCGGCGCAAUCCGGUGCUAACUACUCCAUCGGCCAGUCACAGUUUAGUGAUAUCUAUCCUAACCCUGAAAACGUCGAGUUCUCUACUCCACAGAUGCUUCCGUCCUCGAUGAAUGAUGAAAUUAGCUGGUUGAACAACUUGUCUACUAUUCCUGGCAUGACAGGUGUUGACAGUUCAGGAACUAGUGGUAUCAUGGGUAACACUUCCAAUCCAGCAAUUUCUAAUGCAAAGUUCAUACCUCAGAAUUUUUAUGAUAUUCGUCAGAAUUCAAUUUCCACAGUGCUCGAAGGCACCAACCCUCCAGCAAACGUGAGUCAUCAUGGCUCAUUUUCUAACAAACUUCCAGGCUCUGGAAUGGAAUCCAUGGGCUACAUGAUGCCAACAGCUACUAUUACCAACCAUGAAUUACAACAAGGAAUGUCGAAGGAACCAAGCAUCAAAGAGGAGAAAGACUAUGGAUACUCAUUUUAUGAUAUUCCUGAAUCAAUGUUGUCAGGAAGAUCCUUGGAUUCUGUCACAACAGGUAUGGAUAUGCCUCACCACCCCCCUCAACAAACUCAUUUCAAGGUGUUGACCCCAAUCAAGCAGGAAGAAGAAGACAGUAUAAGUCAUCAGAAUGGAAAUAAGAAUGUUGACUUCAACUUCCUUAAUGAUAUCGACGAAUUGACCAGUGGAUAUGAUAUGAACUCUAAGUUUUUACCUAAUGGUUAUUCAUUCUACGGCGAUAACCCUUCUGUGUCUUCUUCGGGAGUUGAAGCUCAUUCCCCUUCGAUAUUAUCACCUUCCUUAAAUUUGAAUAACCCUGGCGGUUUGCUUAAUGAUACUUUGGAUCAAAGCCAAUUGUUGGAUCUCGACCAACAUACAAAUCAUAACACAGGCUUGGGAAAUCCUGGACGUCGUGGAAAUUUCUCAAGAAAUAAGCUCUUUACUAAUUCACUUCGUCAUCUUCUUCAUCGUGCUCUUUCGAAAUACCCGAUCAGUGGUAUUGUCAACCCAACCAUUCCCUCUAACGAAAAGUUGGAGUAUUACCUUUCAAAGUUUGUUCAUGACUUCUUGAGUUACUUACCGUUUAUCCACCUCUCUAAAUUGAAUGAAUUUGAAAUGAUGAACAUGACUCUGAGUGAAGACUGGAGCAAUGAAAGUGCUAGAGUGUGUCUCCCAUUGUUAAUAGCCACCAUUGGUGCAUUAUUUGCAAACAAUAAGAGAGAUGCUGAACAUCUUUAUGAAGCAUCCAGAAGAACAAUCCACAUUUAUUUGGAAAGUAGAAAGAAUUCUUCAGAGAAAGAAAAAGAAAAGGAUGGUGCUAAUAUCAAUCCACUUUGGCUUAUUCAAUCAUUGAUGUUGUCGGUUAUCUACGGUUUAUUCUCUGAUAACGAAAAUAAUGUGUACAUUGUCAUCAGACAGUUAAGCGCAUUGAAUUCUUUGGUCAAAACUUCAAUCAAGAGUAAGAGACCUUUAUUGUUUUCCAUUAGUGGUGAAGAUGAAGAGUGUUACAACAAGUUAAACGGAAGCUCAGGUGAUGCAAAAAAUCCAGAGUCUUCGUUGUUUAAUAAUAACUUCGAUCAAGAAAUGAAGUUCAAGAAUAAUAUCAACCUUCAAUCACAGACAAGAAUUGUCAUCACCAUUUAUAGAUUGACUAACUUCCUUUUGAUGAUGUACAAUGUUCCUCUAACUUUAAGCAUUAAUGACUUGGUUGGUAUAGAGGUUCCUAAUAGAGACGAUGAGCUUUUAUGGGGCUUCAAAAGCUACCAAGACUUUCAAGAAUGGAAAUCAAGAUCAGGUGGAACAAGCUUCAAUAUUGAGGAUCAUCUCAAUGGCCCAAAGAUUGGCUAUAAGGAUAUCAUCGUUAGCUUGACCAAGUUAAGCAAGAACGACCCCAAUGACUUCAACAAUCAAGAGUUGUUCAAGGUAUUGAGUCAAAUGAGCAGGUUUGGAUUUAAUGGUGUAGUUCAAGGGUUAUUUGAAAUAAUACAAUACCUCGAACUGAAGCAAGUGGAUAUAUUCGUUGUCAUAGAUACCUUGGCUAAAUUUUAUCCAAAUGAACCAUUCGUCGGCCAGUCACAAUCUAGAAUGAACCAAGACUUCGAAAAGCUUGAAUUUAUAUUAAGUUCAAACUAUACGAAGAUUUCGUCCUUAAUUGACUUCAAAUUAGUGAAAGAACAGAGUUGGUUAAGAAACUAUGAGGAAUUGGCAAAGAACUACAACGGUUUAUUGAAUGACAACAAUCCUGAUAAUAAGAGUCCUGUCAGUGAUUACGAUUAUGUUCGGAUUGUCGAUUGUUGCUUGAUGAUUAUCAAGGUCAUAUUGUUCAAGUCUGAAGAUGACUAUAGCAAGAGUCUGAGCUCCCGUACUGAAGGAUCCGGACCUAGUGAAUCUUCUGGGUUUACAACCGACUUCUCUUUCUUGAACGCCGAGUUUCCAAGCACAUUUAAUGGAAACCAAUUCCAGGAUUUGAACACACUCUUAUCUGAUGAUUACCAAAAAAUGGGUACAACAGGAACUCUUGGUGAAGAAAAUACCGUUCUGCAAUUCGAGAAAGCUGUUAACUUGAGAAUUUUUGAAGAAUUUGAUAUUGCUACUGUUUCGUUGCAUUCUCAGAUGUUGUUCCAUGUUUUUACCAUCUUAUCAGCAUUUUCGAUUUAUGUUGCACGCAAGAACAACCCUGUCAAUGUGCAAGAUAACAGCACAAGCCAGCAUUUGCUUUUCGAAUUGAACCAUAGAUUCAGCAUGACAUUGAAAUUGUUGGACAAAGUAGAAAGCUUUUUGAAAGUGAAGUACCAGCAAGGUGAAGGGAUCAAAAGUGAGGUCCUUGACCAGUUUUUCUCCAAUUUAUACUUAUACAAUGGAGAGAGGAAGGACAACGAAAACUAUACUUUAGAAAAGACACUUUAUAUUUUGAAGAUCGGAGAGGUCGUGUUAAAUUAUGUCUUCGAUAGCAAUAUCAAGGUGUCUAUAUUUAAAAAGUUGAGUGGGAGCUUGGCUCAGAUACGGAAGUGGUUGAUUGAUAAUGAUGUUGCGCGAUAA